CAUCAUGCGAAUCUGUCGUAACCCGAUUCUCUCUCUCUCUCUCUCUCCAUCGAUGGCUUCUUCUUCGUCUCUCCUCCGCCUGACGGUUCUCGCCGUGGCGAUCGCGGCGGCGGCGGCGGUCGCCGGAGGGGCGGACGACGGGGGCAACCAGAGAGAGUUCGAUUACUUCAAGCUGACGGUGCAGUGGCCGGGCACCUUCUGCCGGCGGACUCGCCAUUGCUGCUCCUCCAACGCCUGUUGCCGCGGCUCAAAUGCUCCAGCUGAAUUCACUAUACAUGGACUAUGGCCUGAUUACAAUGAUGGAACUUGGCCUGCCUGUUGCAGUCGAUCUGGUUUCGAUGAAAAAGAGAUCUCAACAUUGGUUGAUACACUUGAAAAAUACUGGCCAUCUUUAAGUUGUGGCUCCCCUUCAACUUGUCAUGGCGGAAAAGGAUCAUUCUGGGCUCAUGAGUGGGAGAAGCAUGGAACUUGCUCCUCUCCUGUAGUGCGAGAUGAAUACAACUACUUUUUAACAGCUCUGAAUGUCUACUUCAAAUAUAAUGUGACUGGAGUACUAAAUGAUGCUGGAUAUGUGCCUUCUAACACUGAGAAAUAUCCUCUUGGGGGCAUUGUUUCUGCAAUUCAGAAUGCUUUCCAUGUGACCCCAGAAAUAGCUUGCUCCAAUGGAGCUUUGCAGGAGGUCCGCUUAUGCUUCUAUAAGGACUUUCAGCCUCGAGAGUGUAAGGUUGAAUCUAUCCUCCUCCAAGAUAUGAGUUUAUUAAAAAGCUCAUGUCCCAAGUACAUCAGCUUGCCAGCAUAUGUGUCGCCUGGGCAAGCAAAGUCUGAAUGGAUAGCGUCGACGGUUCCCCAAAUCGAAGCUCUAUAGGCUCUUGACUGGCAGAGGCUGACUGACAUCGAAGCUCUAUAGGCUCUCGACUGGCAGAGGCUGCCCAUCAGUCAGUUGGCGUUCGGCCAUGAUUGGGAUGGUGUAUGUCGUGAUGUAUAUGUACAGUCUGAUGAUUCUUGUUGUAUUCUUAAUUAUGAAGAACAGAUUACUGCAAAUUUCUAUUUAUUUCGUGGAAAACUCACGUUUCAGAAA